AGAAUGUUUCGUAUGUUUGAUCCAAUGUAUUAGUCAAUGAAUUAGAUCUUAGAGGAGAAUGGAAAUAUUUUAUGGUUGGGAGAUUGCACUGCAGCAUAUGAUAGAAAUUUAUUAGAUGGAAGAGGAAUAAAAACAGUAUUAACAGUAGCAGCGGGAUUAAAUGUGUCUUAUCCUGAAGGUGGAAUUGUGCAUAAAGUAAAUUAAAUUAGUAUUGAAGGUGUAUCAUAUACUAGAUAUAGAAUCAGCUAAUAUUGCAAGACUUUUUGGUGAUACUUGUAAUUAGAUUAGCGAAGGAUUAAAAAGAGGAGGUGUAUUAGUCCAUUGUGCAGCAGGAGUAUCAAGAUCAGCUUCAGCAGUUAUUGCUUAUAUAAUGAAGACUAGAGGAUUGAAUUUUCAAGAGACAUUCAAUUAUGUCCGAAAACGUAGAAGUGUUGUUUUUCCAAAUUAUGGGUUUUAAAGAUAAUUAAGAAAUUAUGAGAAAGAUCUCAAACAAUAAAAAUAGAAAGAACCUUAACCAAUCGAUAUGCCAAUUAAAUAGACUUAAAAAAAGCCUUAAGAAAUUGCAAUGGAUAAGCAUGAGUAAUUCAGUAUUUAGUAUUUGGAAUAGAAAGCAAAGCUCCUAUUAAAACCUGUAUAAGCUAAUCCAACAUUCAAUGCUGGUUAUUCAACACCAUAAAAAUAGUUCUAGAAAUAGAGGAUGCUGUACUAGUCUGCAAAGGUUGGAAGUCAAGAGCCAAAGUAAAGUUCAAUAACUUAGAAUUCAACAAGGGCAAAUUCUUAAUUUAAGAAUAAAAUCUUUGAGCCUUCAUUUAACCAAACUUAUUAAGGCCCUCAGAUUGUAACUUAUUCAAGAAACAAACUUGCAGAGAAAAUGCCUGAUAUUAAGAAAAAGACUUUCUAUAAGUGA